AAAGAAGCGAUCAUGGCAUUCGAUUGGAAAGAAUGUGACGGAGUGGAAUCAGUCUCAGACGGCAAAUCAGGCGACGCAACCACCGCCAGAGGCUGCGUCGACGCUCGAGAGCGUCACAAGUUGGCCGAGCGGGAGCGGCGUAAAUCGAUGCGAGAGCUCUUCCUCUCCCUCCACGCUCUUCUCCCACACGCCAAAACUGUCCGCAAAGAACAGUCAGCAAUCCUCGAAGAGAUCAUCAAGUACAUCCCUUUGGCUGUCGCUCGCCUCCGAUCGCUCCAGAAUAGGAAAGACUCCCCUUCCUCUGCUUCCUCUAGGGGGUCACCAUCGCCGGUACCGCUGGUGGACCGCCACUCUGCUUCUUCUGACUCGUCGGAAUAUGACAUCCGAGUCUCGCCGGAGCCGCCGUCAAGUGUGUCGAUUCGGAUCAGAGGGGACCGAGUCAACGUGUCACUAGCCGAUACGAAUCCUAAGGGAACGUCACAGGUUCUCCCACUUUCUGCCAUAUUAGAUGAACUUGAAGCUCAUCACCUUCAACUUAUUCGCUCUACCCAUUGCCGUGAUGGAAGCAAGAUACUACAUCACACUGAGUGCAAGGUUUGUGAUGGGUUGGAUAAAUCCCCUGCUCUGUUUAAAGCUAGAUUACAGCAACUAGCUUCCAAGCUUCACAGAUUAAGGAAGUCAUCUUCUUCUCUGAAGAGAACAUAUGACCAGCUGGACUGAUUGACUGAAUGAUCAACC